CUUGGUGCGGGGAAGGUUUUUGCCGACGUACCCAGAACUGUUCCGAGGUUUCCUUAGAUUCGGGCACCUCUGAUGCAGGCUGCUCCUUGGAGCCAAGGUAACGGAGGUCUGCCCAGGCUGGCGUGAGCACUCCCUUUUCCCACGGCUCGGGGAGUCUAGUGGCAGCAAUGGCUCCUGUCUCCGGUUCACGUACCCCUGACGGAGAGGCCUCGGGCUCCGGUGGCAGGCGUCGCAGUCCGUCGAGGAGCCCCAAGCCCUCCAGAUCGGCCCGCUCCCCGAGGAGCCACCACUCUCGUUCGCACUCAUGCUCUCGGUCCGGGGACCGGAAUGGCCUCAGCCAUCAUCAGCUCGGGAGCUACAGUCAAAGCUCCCGAAACCAGUCCUACCGUUCCCGCUCGCGCUCGCGCUCUCGAGAGCGGCCUUCUGGGCCCCGGGGCACCACCUUCGCGUCAGCCUCAUCGUCCACCUAUUACGGCGGCUACUCGCGCCCCUAUGGGGGUGACAAACCAUGGCCAAACCUCCUGGACAAGGAGAGGGAGGAAAGCCUACGGCAGAAGAGAUUAAGUGAGAGAGAAAGGAUUGGAGAAUUGGGAGCUCCUGAAGUAUGGGGACUUUCUCCAAAAAAUCCUGAACCAGACUCUGAUGAACAUACACCAGUAGAGGAUGAAGAGCCAAAGAAGAGUACCUCUUCAGCUUCUACUUCAGAAGAAGAAAAAAAGAAAAAGAAGAAGUCUGGUCAUUCAAAGGAAAGGUCGAAGAAAAGGAGAAAGAAAAAAUCAUCCAAAAGAAAACACAAGAAGUAUUCAGACGACAGUGACACUGAUUCUGACUCUGAAACAGACUCUAGUGAUGAAGAUACAAAAAGGAGAGCAAAGAAAACCAAGAAAAAGGAAAGGAAGAAGAAACGUAAAUCGAAGAAAUACAAGAAAAAGAAGCCUAAAAAGAAUAGAAAAGAAAGCAGUGAGUCAAGUUCUAAAGAAUCCCAAGAAGAGUUUCUGGAGAAUCCCUGGAAGGAACGACUAAAGCCUGAGGAACCCUCAGAUUUAAUUGGUCCAGAGGCUCCAAAGACACUUGCCUCUCAAGAUGAUAAGCCACUGAACUAUGGUCAUGCUCUGUUACCUGGUGAAGGUGCAGCCAUGGCUGAAUAUGUGAAAGCUGGAAAACGUAUUCCAAGAAGAGGUGAAAUUGGCUUGACAAGUGAAGAAAUUGCAUCAUUUGAAUGUUCAGGUUAUGUAAUGAGUGGUAGCAGGCAUCGUCGAAUGGAGGCCGUCCGACUGCGAAAAGAGAACCAGAUCUAUAGUGCUGAUGAAAAGAGAGCCCUCGCGUCCUUUAACCAAGAAGAGAGAAGAAAAAGAGAGAACAAGAUUCUGGCCAGUUUUCGAGAGAUGGUGUACAGAAAGACCAAAGGAAAAGAUGACAAAUAAGGAUUUUUCUGAUCAUCCAGUGGACAUUUUUAACAAGAAAAACCCAAGUUUGUGUUCCACACAUAAGUACAAAAAAGCUUCUUAUGAUCUGAAAGAGCUUUACAGUUAUACUGUGCCUUCUAGUUCAUUCUUUCAGUUCUUUGAUAAAAAGCUGCUUAUUGAUAAAACUUUAA